AAAAGCUGGCAGGUUAGCUUCUGGGUACAGCAAGUACUCAUAGGGACACAAAUAUUCCCGUUCACAGGUGUGCUCAAUGCUAUGGCCCAUCACACUCUUAACCUCUGAUUUUCCCAGUGAGUUCUACUUCUGGAACUUCCCCGGAAUCUGUCAUGAGGAAUUAUCACAGGAGCCAGAAUUAGGGCCACUGGACUUCCCUUUUGUGUACACUAGUGACUUUCUGAUACGUUAUUCAUCCCCUACCUCUUGGUGUCUCAUGCUAGCAAAUACAAGGGGUGAAAAGUUAUAGCCUCUAAGAUGGGAAUCCUCAUCUAAUUGGAAUUUCCCAGCAGACUGGGACCUCUGAUAGCCGUGUCCCCUUUAGUGUCUGUUCUUAGCAAUCACAUGCUUCCUUGCCGAUCCUUCUGUUCCGAUACUGCUUCUCAUUCAUGUUUCAUUCUGCCCAGGUGUCAACAAUGUUCAUCCUGCUUCCCCAGCCACAUUGCCAACCAAGCAUUUAGAAGCCAGCUCUUCCCACUACCUCAGCCCUGCCCAGCCCCUCUCUCCUCUGAGGGGCACCACAGAACUGGGCAGAAUCCUCGAGCCUGGGUACUUGGGCAGCAGAGGCCAGUGGGACAUGAUGAGGCCUCAGAAAGGGAGCAUAUCUGGGGAACCAUCUUCAGGCUCCCCCAUGUACCAGCUUAACUCCAAACCCACAGGGACUGACCUGCUAGAGGAGCACCUUGGUGAAAUCCGGAACCUGCGCCAGCGCCUGGAGGAGUCCAUCUGCAUUAACGACCGCCUGCGGGAGCAGCUGGAACACAGGCUCAGCUCCACUGCCCGCGGAAGCGGACCCACCUCUAACUUCUACAGUCCGGGCCUGGAGUCCACACCUCAGCUCUGCAAUGAGAACAGAGUCCUUAGGGAAGAAAACCAGAGGCUUCAGGCUCAGCUCAGUCAUGCUUUCAGAGAGCACUCCCAGGAAACAGAAUGUCUGAGGGAGGCUCUGCUGACCUCUCGAUCCCGGCUUCAAGAGCUGGAAGUGGAGCGGGAGCGCCAAAAGGUGGAACGGCAGCAGCUUCUGGAAGACUUGAAGGAGAAGCAGCAGGAGAUCUUGCAUUUCGAGGAGGAACGACUAUCUCUCCAGGAGAAAGACUCCAGGCUGCAGCAUAAGCUGGCCCUUUUGCAGCAUCAGUGUGAGGAGAAACAGCAGCUUUUCCAGUCCCUCCAGUCAGAGCUACAGAUCUACGAGACACUUUAUGGCAAUUCCAAGAAGGGGCUGAAAGCUUACACCUGGGAUGCCUGUCACCAAGUCCCUUUGAGCAGUGACUUGAGCCACCUGGUGGCAGAGAUCCGAGCUUUGAGAGGGCAGCUGGAGCACAGCAUUCAGGUGAACAACUGUCUGCGACUACAGCUCGAGCAGCAGUUGGAUGGUGGUGCCAGCAAAACCAGCCUCAGCCCCUCCACUGUUAACCAGAAAUUCCCCACCAACACUGACCCUGGAAACAAGCAGCUGCUCUUCCAAGACUCAGUUGCCUCCCCUCCAGUUCGGGAUGUGGGCAUGAAUUCUCCAAUUCUGGUCUUCCCCAGCUCUUCUCCCACUGCUCAUGGCUCAGAGACCACAACCUUCAAUAGGACAAAUGAGCUGGGUUUGGAUGCUUCUCCAGUAAUGAAGAUCCCUCCCAAGCUGGAGGGUGAUGCUACUGAUGGCUCCUUUGCCAAUAAGCAUGGCCGCCAUGUCAUUGGCCACAUUGAUGACUACAGUGCCCUAAGACAGCAGAUUGGGGAGGGCAGACUGCUGGUCAAGAAGAUAGCGUCGCUCAUGAGAUCAACCUGCAACUUCCCUGGCCUUGAAGCUCCAGGCACAGAGGUGAUGGACAGUGAAGGCAUCCACGAGCUCAGGAACAGCACCAGCGUCCUUCACCACCGACUGGAGGAGGCGGCCUCCCUCCUCACCAUGUUCUGGCGAGCAGCCUUGCCAAGUUCCCACGGCCCUGCGCUGGACAGCAAAGCGGGAGAGUCCAUGAAAAGGGAGCUUCUGGAACUGAGAACCAAACUAUCCAAACAGGAGAGUCUCCUUCAGAGCACAGCUGAGCAUCUGAAGACCGCCAACCAGCAGAAGGAGAGCAUGGAACAGUUUAUCUUCAGCCAGUUGACCAGGACACACGAUGUUUUGAAGAAGGCAAGGACGAAUUUGGAGAAGAACACUUACAAGAUUGCCUCUGUAAAACCUUAUUCCUGCCUCAGCAAAGGUGAAAUCCCUAAGGGCUCUGCCGUGCACUCCAGUCCUGUGACCCUUGCCUUCCAGGAGCCAAGCAAGAAGCGAAGCCACCAGAGGUCCUUAAAACUGCAGGAAGGGUGGGCCUGCCCCCCUGCUUUGCAGCUCCCUGUCUGCUGAGGAGGAUCUGGGCCCCACUCCUCCACACCUGCUGGAAGGUCUGAAAGGAGUCAGAGAUGUGGCCUGAUGGGGCAGGGCGAAAGGCAGAGGGCCUCUCCUGCAGUUGAGGAAUAACCAGCCAAGGUCCACUGGACCCAGCACUAAGCAAAACAGGCAUAGUUUGUAGAAGACCUUGUGACACUGCUUUUGAAUGCCCCAGGGGUAUGGGAACCAGCAACAGCACAUUUCUCACCUCAUCCUCUGAGGGUCAACUCAGGGGAAAUAGGACCUGCUUCCUAGCAAUGGAGCCCCACACUGGAGCUCCACAGCAGAUCUAAAAGCACAGGACUGAGCAGCGGUGCCCUGCAGGACAGUGUUGGCAGACCUAACCUGGGCCAGCGAGCUGGGUCACAGUCAGGCUGGGGAUUGGUCUACACUGCAGCACCUGAGUUAUUUGAAUCCACGUGGUGAGAGCAGUGAUUCCCAGAUGCCAUCUCAUGCUUAGCCUAGACCUCCUAUUUCUACUCUAUUAUGAUCUCCAAAAAGUGUACUGACCUUACUCUAAAUAUGCUGUCCCAUUUUGUCAUCCCAACUUCUCUCUGGGAACUAGGGACUAAUGGCCACACCAAGCCCAUUGAAAGUCUUGUGUAAAGCAAAUCAGUGAUCAUUUUUAAGUGACAUGUGAGGAACCCCCAGUUGCUAAAGCCUAGUCUGUGUCUUCACAGUGCUUUAGAAUGUGUGUAUGUGUGUAUAAAUGUAUGAUAUAUAUUUAUAUAUGUUGCUAUAGCGAUAUGUUGAAGGCUAAUAUAACUGGUGGAUAGGGUCAGUGGGAGGAAAUGAAACAGUCUUUUUGGUGGCUAUUAAAGCAAAAUAUGUAUAAAGAAAUAAAGUUUUCUUCACCU